AUGGCAGAUCCCCAGGCCCUCAGACAGCUCAAGAUCAAGACUGGUGUCGUCAAGCGCCUCCAUAAGGAGGAGGGCAUCUACGAGGACGAGGUGACGGCCGCCCAGGCCAGCGUCGAGAAGCUCAAGGCGGCUGGUGCUGACGGUGCGGAUGUGCGCCAGGCUGAACGCAUCGUCGCCGACUCGCAGCAGAUGAUUCCCCGCACACGCAAGCAGCUCGAGGAUGCUCUCGUUGCGCUCCAAGACCUCGUGGCCGCGCUGGCCGAGGACAAGGCUGUCGCCGGAUCGCAGGAGUACCAGGACGCCGUGGCUGCGGUUGAGGCGGCCAGCAAAUAG